AUGUCGGCACCAACAUCAUCCGAUCGAAAUCAAGAAUCACCAGGUAAUCCACUAGGCGUACCUGGAGUAGAGGCUGAACAAAAACUUGGACAACAGGGAUUAUCAAAUUCCUCAACACGUCAAUUGGGUGAAGAUGGUAGUGGACAACGUCAUUUACUUGGCGAAGGCGGUAGUGGACAACAGCAACAUAAAAUUGGUCAAGAUGAAAGUAAACAACAGCAGCAUCAAUCCUAG